AACGCCCCCUGCAUGGGAAGCCUGCUUGGGUGGAAAUUCGGGUCCGAACUCGCCUCCUAGGGAGAGGAACGCAGGUGACGCGUGUCGGGGCGGCGCUAGAGGGAGUCACGUGUACGUUCCCGCGGGCGGCAGUUGCCUGUCACGUGACUUGGGCAAGAUGGCGGCUCCCACGGAAGGGACCGACCUGGAAGCCUCCCUGUUGAGCUUUGAAAAGCUGGACCGAGCAUCCCCAGACUUGUGGCCGGAGCAGCUACCAGGUGUUGCUGAAUUUGCUGCUUCCUUCAAAAGUCCUAUCACCAAUUCUCCUCCCAAAUGGAUGGCUGAACUAGAAAAUGAUGAUAUUGAUAUGUUAAAGGAGCUGGGGAGCCUUACCACAGCAAACCUAAUGGAAAAGGUUCGAGGCCUGCAGAACCUGGCUUAUCAGCUAGGGCUGGAUGAAUCUAGAGAAAUGACUCGAGGGAAGUUCCUCAACAUCCUGGAGAAACCCAAGAAGUAGCUGCUGUUACUGGAACUCCGGCAAAAAUAUCCCUGUCUGGAUCAUCUCACCCCUCACUGCAGAUCCAGCUGAACACUAUGAUUUCCUAAAGAGAAGGAUAAAGCUCUUGGCUCUAGAACGACAGAAGCAAACCUCUCUACUGCUUCCACAGCUCUUCUCCUUACUGACGAGCAGCAUUCCAGACAUUGCUCACAAUGAUUGUCAGUAGUUCCAUCAGCACUGAGACUUCAUCCAAUCUUUUCGGCACCCGAUUGCCAGGAAAGCUCAACCCUCGCAUGCUGUGGCAAAGUUAUGCAGCAAUCUUUCUAUAAACCAUUCAAAGCAAUACAUCCCCAGUGGCCUCACUCAGUUGCUCUCAGUGGUGGCAUCUAUUAAACCAGGGUCUUUGUGAUGCUGGCCAGUACCUCUGGGUGAUGCAUUGACUCUUCCAUGUCUCUCUCUUGCCUUAGGAAUAGUGAGUCCAUGUGUGUAAUUUACAUGCUGAAAGCACCAUUGCAGUGCUGGUUAUAAGCAGGGUUCUGGAUGAAGACUGACAGUUCUAGGAUUGGUUAGUCCUGGAUCUGCACAAUCGUACCCUGCUUACAAGGCAGGUGGAACUUGUUCUGUGUACUAGAUUCACAUUACUCACACCCUUCAGAGGAGGAUGUCUUGCAAUCAAGGGAAGUCCUUCAAUCCUGUCUAUACUAUUCUGCUCUUCAUUCCACAAAUACUUGCAUCAGGUGCUAUGUGUACAGGGAGCUCCAUCUCAGUGCUAAACAUUUGUGUGUUCUCUUGUUAAACCUAGACCGAUGAACCAUAGGGAGUGAAUGAGAAAAGGUGGCUAUUACUGUAUCAUGAAAGAAAAUAUCCCUGUGGGAACUUCUGCCAGGACACAAACAGAUCUAUCAGCCCACUUUGCAAAUCCAGCUCAGUGAGAGUCCGGCUGAGGUACUGGAGGAAGAUACAGGGUUGAAGGGCAAUAAUGUUUUCAAUUAUAGAGAGCUUCAAGGUGAAGCGACUGUCUUGUUCACACCCCCAUGGGGAUAAUCUUCAUAAACAGCAUCUGCAUACUUACACUUGAAAAUAGAAUUCUGAUGUGUUCCCACAUUAUUAGAAAACAGCAGCCCCGGAACUUGCUUCACCUGCAAACGUGGAAUGUGCACCCCAUUAAGGGGAGAAUUGUACUGUAAGCUAGUAUCCUCCUGUUCAGAUUGGGUCUCAUUCAUCUGGUACUGGAGUACUUUUUAGUGCCUUGAGGCCCACCUGGUACUGGAGUACUUUUUAGUGCCUUGAGGCCCACCUGGUACUGGAGUACUUUUUAGUGCCUUUCCUCUUUGAACAUGCUGCUGUGUAUCAGUCUUGUGUUUUCAGAUUUUAUUUUUCUCUAUAAGGUUGACACAGCUCUUAUUUCACUCUGUUUUCUUUUGCCCAGUAAAAUUACGUAUUCUAGAGUUAACAAACUGGUCGUUCCUCAGGCUAAAAAAUAGUUCUAAAGUGUUGGUCCAAGAGCAGUUUUCUCUCUUUGUUCAAACAGUUUCAUACACAUUUUAGCAUGUGUGCCCUUUAAGUUUAGUCAUUCUCCAAUUUGCAAUUGGCUGUGAGGUGUGAACUGAAUCGGGGCUGUACUUGUACAACAUCAUAUUAAUGGACUGUCCUUGAAGCAUUCCAUUCUUCUGUCUUGGGGUGGACUCUGCUUUUAGGCCCCGUGUGCAUUAGUGAGGAGCAGAUCUCUGCUUGGGAGCAGACUUCUGAUUUUUUACUAAAAUUUUUAAAGCCUUUCCAUCUUCAGUCUGUGGGUGCCUCCAUUUUGUAAAUCAGAACUAGGCUAAAUUGGGAAAGCUCCUCUUCACUAAGCUUGCACAGUUAAGACCUUGUUCUGCAAAGACUUACUCAAAUGCUUAACUUUGAGCACGUGAACAGUCUGAUUGAACUCAGUGGGGAUGUACUCAUAUGCUUGUCUUUGGAGAAUUGAGACUUAACAAAGCAGCUGCAUCUCUUGAAAGGAGGGGCAAUAGGAUAGUAGGAGAUGCAGAGAAACUGAGAGUGGGGAGUCAGAGACAGGAAAGGGACUUGCUUAGUUGCGGGUCAGAAUGGACAUAGAUGUAGCUUUGAAAGUAUUAAUUUAAAGUAUAUGUUUGUUGGAAAAUAUUAACAUUUGUAUGUCUAGUUUGGAUGUGUUCUGUAUAUAUAGAAUGUGUGGCCCAAAAGUGACUGUUGUGAAUUUUGGUCCUUUGUUGCCUGUUAUGGAGGUCUGCCACUCCAACGCAUGAGGUGUUUGGGAAGCUGAGAAGUAUAGAGGUAGACCCCGGAAGUUUGCCACGAAUCUGCAUGCCUAUUUUAUGAUCUGGCUGGUAAAAUAUCUCAGACUUCAAGUAGUUGGUACCAUAGCAUGUAAAAAAUCCUUUCUUUUACCCUCACCCUGUGCAGCAGUACUUAUCUUCUAGCUGUGGGGCAGCAUGUGAUAUAUGCUUUAGAUUCAAGAUAUUUAUUGGUUGUGUACUUGUCAUUUAUAAAGAUGAAUCAGUGAUUUUUUUUUUAUUGGUAGUAUUUACAUGUAUUUUUGUGUGUUAGCCAGAAGAUUGUAAUCUGUCUGUCUGUUGCUCUGUGUUCUUAUAAUAAACAAGUGCAACGCUUA